AUGACGUAUUCAGGUUGCUUCAAGCGCAAGGCGUCCGCGGGCAGCGCGUCCUAUGGGGCCGCCCUUCCUCCGGCGUCCUCCGCUUCCCCCUCUACUCCUUCCGCGCCUCCUGCUACCGCUUCUACCUCUUCUGCUUCUCCCCCUCCCGCCGCUGCCUUGCGCCCCCCCCUGCCCCCCUCCACCUCCGCCCCCGCCGAGGGAAAGCGCUUCGUGGUGACGCCGCCCGUGCCCGGCGCCCCCGUCCCGUCCGGCACCAUCCUGCGCCCGGGGCCGCCCGUGGUCCAGGGCCUCUCCCAGGGCCGCGACUCCGCCAUCAGCCGCGACUCUGCCUUCAGCCGUGACUCGACCCUCGGCCGCGAGUCGACCUUGGGCCGGGACUCGACCCUCGGCCGGGACUCGACCUUGAGUCGCGACUCGACGCUGGGCCCUUACUCGAGCUCGGGGCGUGAGUCGACGCUGGGUCGGGGUUCGACCUUGGGCCGCGGUUCGACCCCGGGGCGCGAGUCGGUGCCGGGCCGCGGGUCGAGCCAGAGCCGCGCGGGGCCAGGCAGGGCCAGCCCGGCCGCCGUGACCACCAUGGCCGUCACGCACCACACGGUCACCACGUCCUCGGCGCCCGUGCCCACCGCGCCCCGACGCUCAUGGAAGACACUCUGCGAGACCUGCGGGAAGAAGUGCUCUGGCGAGGUACUUCGCGUCCAGGAGAAGUACUUCCACAUCAGCUGCUUCAAGUGUAAUAGCUGCAAGAAAUCACUAGCACAGGGAGGUUUCUUCACAAGGGAGAAAGACUACUACUGUACAGAAUGUUACCAGAAGAACUUUGGUCAGAGGUGCGCCACAUGCGGGCUAUUCGUGGAAGGGGAGGUGGUGUCAGCCCUCGGUAAUACCUACCACCAGAAAUGCUUCACUUGUGCUCGCUGCAGAGUGCGCCGGCUGCAAGGAGGAGCUGGUGGAGGGGCAGGCCCUGAUCGCCCUCGACCAGCAGUGGCACAUCUGGUGCUUCAAGUGCGCCGCCUGCAACACCGUGCUGCACGGGGAGUACAUGGGCAAGGAUGGCAUGCCUUACUGCGAGAAGGACUACCAAGCCCAGUUUGGCGUCAAGUGCGCCUACUGCAACAGGUUCAUCAGCGGCAAGGUGCUCCAGGCGGGAGACAAUCACCACUUCCAUCCCACUUGUGCAAGGUGCACCAAGUGUGGGGACCCCUUUGGAGAUGGGGAGGAAAUGUACCUUCAGGGUACCGCUAUCUGGCACCCACGCUGUGGCCCAGGACCCACUGAAAAUGGCACAGUACUCAACGGCUCCUUGUCCAACGGCCACCAUGUCAAUGGGGAACAGAAGGCUGAGAGGGAACGCGAUUUUGAUGGCAUGAGCUCCACAGCUUCAGAAACACAGUUUUCUCGAUCGCGCACACCAAGCCUUAAUGGAUCGUUCCGCUCCUAUAGCCCCUAUAACAGCCUGAACAGGAAGUUCUCGGGUCCGUAUCGCACAUGCUCCCCUGGGCUGAUCCUGCGCGAGUACAAAUCCUCACAAAGCCCCAUCGACAUCACCCGCAUCUACACGUACUCCUACCUUACUGCCGAGCCUUCCCAGGGGUACCUCAAGCGACCCCUGGACCCGUACGACCGUCCUCCACCAAAGUCUCCGCACUGGCACCGUCCCAUGGUGGAUAGUAGGAAGCUGUCACUGCCCAAAACAUCUAGUAAACUCGGCAUGCGUGUGAUGGUAGAUAGCAUAAAGUCCGAAACACCUAGACCAAAGUCUCCUCACAUGAACAAUGAAGAGCCCAUAACACUCUCACACUACCCCGGAGCACGCAAGCCAACCAGUGGAGAUGUGUCACGCAUCGAGAGAGAUGACUUCCCAGCGCCCCCAUACCCAUACACCGAUCCAGAUGUUUCAGAGCGGCGGCGAAGGUGGUCGGGCAGCACCAAGGCAGUUAGCAUUGAUGAGACAGAUGAGGGGACGGAAAUCGAAGACUCCGAAGCCAUGGUGGAGGAUCCCAAGCUGAAGCGUGAGGAGGAAGAACUAAGCAAGAUUGCAACAGGCAUUGGGAAGGUGUUCCUACAGCAGGUGAAGGAGAGAGAAAGGAUUAGGGCGUGGAAGGCUACUCACUUGGAUCCUCGUAAUGCAUCACGCUCUCCUGCUGCCAAUCGCGAACCUCAGAACAAGCUGCGCUUUGAAUCUUCCCUAAAUGCUUCUCCAUCUCGAAUGACUGACCACAACCGGUCUUGGGGACCAGAGGAGGAGGAAUUUGACCGGGCUUCAUCCUACAGAUGCUCCACUGGAAGGUCAUCAGCUACGAUACCAUCCUACAACGUUGUGAGCUCCCUCAGGCAGCCUCCAAAGCCUGGCUAUGGUUUCUCGCCGCGCAACACCUUCUACCGUCAGGGCCUUGGAUCGUACUCUGCACUCCAUGGGGACUACAGCUUCACCGGCCUUGGAGAGAAGACCCAGAGCACAGAGUUCAGCAGUGCCCGAUCUGAUG